AUGCCCAAGACCAGGUCGGCGGCGACGCCACGCCCCUCCGCCGCCGGAGCCGCCACCGCCACGGCAAAGAUCUCCUUCCGCUCCCGCAAAAUCGUCAAGACGCCACCCGCCAAACCCCUCACCGUGGUCACUGUGCCGCCACCGGCGCCAAUCCCUCCGGCGCUGCCCGCGCUGUCCGCCCCGGGCGAGCUCGCGGCCGCGCUCCGCCACCUCUCCGCCGUCGACCCGCUCCUAUCCGCGGUCAUUGCCUCCACCGACGCCCCCACCUUCACCUCAACCCCCUCCAUCCCCGCCUUCCACUCCCUCGCGCGCUCCAUCCUCUACCAGCAGCUCGCCACCUCCGCCGCCGCCGCCAUCUACGCCCGCUUCCUCGCCCUCCUCCCCUCCACCCCCGCGGUUGGCCCCGAUCCCGCGGUGAGCCCCGCCGGCGUCCUCGCCCUCGCUGCCGCCGACCUGCGCGCCAUCGGCGUCUCGGGCCGCAAGGCCGCCUACCUCCACGACCUCGCCGCCAGGUUCGCGGCCGGGGACCUCUCCGAGUCCUCCGUCGCCGCCAUGGACGAGGACGCGCUCCUCGCCCAGCUCACCAAGGUGAAGGGCAUCGGCGAGUGGACGGUCCACAUGUUCAUGAUCUUCUCGCUGCACCGCCCCGACGUGCUGCCGUCCGGCGACCUCGGCGUGCGCAAGGGCGUGCAGGAGCUGUACAAGCUGAAGGCGCUGCCCAAGCCGGAGGAGAUGGCCGGAUUGUGCGACCGGUGGCGCCCAUACAGGUCGGUUGGCGCCUGGUACAUGUGGCGCCUCCUGGAGAGCAAGGGCGCCGCCGCCAAGAAGGCCAAGAAGGGCAAUGCGAGCGCGUAGCUAGGUAUGUGUCGUCGAUCUACGUGUGAUGCUUGUCUAGUUGUAUGUAUUUGUUGUUCUCAAGAUGUUAAAUUUAGAUGACAAUGUGGCAGAUGCUGCUGCCCAGAUUAGUGAAGUGCGCAUUGUAACUUGUGUGUUUAUGUACACAUUAUGUUGUACUUG